UAUAUGUAUGUACAUGAAUGUGCCUCAUUUUGAAAUAAAGUUCAUCAUUUACGCGCUUUUGUCACCAUCUUUAAUAAUCGAAAUAAAUUGCGAAUAUAAAAUUAACCCGUAAUUUGCGAAUCAUUAUGGUUGCUCAUCAUGUUUUUCAGAACCAUAUUGUUUCAGAAGAUGGUUAUCCGCUUGCUCCAAAACUGGAAUUAAAUAUGGCAGAGCCCGACUACCGCUACGAAUUCCUGUAUGAGUUGGGCGUCGAAAGACGAGCAUUAAUCAACCAGAGAUUAAUUUUAAGCCGUGCACCACAAACACGAGAAGUGACUUCGUGGAUAAAGGAGAUCACGGACAAAAUUGGUCUAUUAGACCAAAGAAUCCGUCAAUUUCGCAGGGAGUUAGGUAUCACUGAGGAACGUGUGCCAAACCUGGACACACCCACCUAGCGGAAUUUGCUGAUUCCUUUUGUACUAAUUAUGGUGGUAGGCAUAUUUUCUACUAUGUUUAAUAAUAAGUAACAAUUGUAUAUACGAAUUUAUCUGCAUUGUCUAUAUUUAGCUUUCUGUAACCAAUAUCAAUUUUACGGUCUUGUCUCUACUAAAAAUAUAUUUAUCA